AUAAAUAUGCAACUCUGCACAAGUACGCGAACUAAUGUCAAAUUAGUAGAUGUCUUUUUGUUGAACUUUCUACGAGUGCGAAGGAAAAGUUUCAUUAGUUUAGCUAUAAUUGCAAUAUCUAAAUAUGUUGAGGAUUUUUAAAGAAGAAGUUCGAAAUUGGGAUAAAUCAAGUGUUAAACGAAAUAUCUAGACAUUUGUUUCUAGCGGUAAUGAUUGAUUAAAGGUUUAUUUUGUAAAGCAAAAGACAUGCUGCCUAUUUGACGACAGGGCGGAUUAAACGGAAUACAUUGCAAAGAAAACACGAUGAAAUUCAAGGUUUUCUCCGAGUGCGUUUUGUACUGAAAUUUUAUGUUAACAAAGAAGUAUUAAGUCAUAACGUAAAGAAAGAUAAUAUUCAUAAUUAAAUCAUAAGGAAACUUGAAAAAACUUUGAAGAUGGAAAAACGGAUAGCAAAUUCCUAAGGCAAACAACAACGACAGUGGUGAGUAAAAUGAUAAAGUAAAUAGACUUUGCCAAUUAUGCAUUAACCCCAACAACAGAAGCAUUUAGUAUAGAUUGAAGUGGAGUUAACUGCGCGCGCAGCUCUCCUUUGUACUGUUUUUUUUUUAUCGCAUGAUACUAUUCCCCUCGGAAACACUGUAAUUCCUCUCCAGAUAAAAGUUAACAGUAACUGACUACCCGCAAAAUAAUUGUGAUGGACAUCAUGUUUCGACACUGAAUCAACGCCUUAUGAGAAUCAUGUAAAUUAGCUUUUAAGUACCUGCAUGCUAAAGAAUCCAUUUUAGAACAUUUUUGGUAACUCGUUGAUUCAAAAGUACCGUACACUAAGUCGAUUUCAAAGAGGCCUUACUUAUAGUUACGCAAUAUCAUUCCAAUGUUGAAAAAAUAAAAUCAGAAAACGCAAAAUUUUGUAUAAUUUUAAAUGAGAACUGUUGAUUUGUAUUAAAUGUAGAUUGUUCGCAAUCUUCCAUAUGUUAAGUGAUAAUCAAACGAUAGCAAAUGCAAAUAUUGUUAGGAUAAGUGUUAAUAAAAUUUGCCAAAUAGUCGUGUAAACAGCAUAAUUUGCGGGCAAAAACCAAACUGUCGUGACUAGUGACAAAAGAAAUCGUCACCAUUUUCGAAAGUACUUUAAAUGACAAAUUACUUUAAUUUCCAAGCGAAAUUAAUUCUCCUAAAAUCUAAACAUUAUUUCAAAUAAUUUAUAAAUUUGCAGGAGAUUUUAAAUAGAAUAUAUCAAGAAAAUAAUAUAUAUAGAAGCAAAUAGCCAUCAUGAAAUAUAUUACUACCGAAAAGAGCGGCAUUGACCAUAAUAUGUGUGCUACGAAUGACGACAUUCAUAAACGGAAUGAUUAUAGCAGAAAUAGUCCAAUAACAUUUGGUGAACAGGUUACAACAGUAACGAGCUUUUUUGAAAGCUGGAAUAAUUGCGAACGAACCGUUGUUAUGUAUGCUCUGCUGAAGCGUUUGAGAUAUCCUAAUUUAAAGUUCUUACAAUACGCCAUUGAUCACGCUUUGACACAAAAUUUAGGCUCAGAAACUAAUCUGAGUAGCGUUCUCAUCGACAUGAAUGCGAACAAUCCUUCGUAUUUGAAAAAACUAUUAAACGCCUACAAGACGUUGCAUUUGAACGACGCAGUGGAUGCUCUGACUUCGGGUUCAUUAGACAAGGACACCAUACCGUGUUAUGGUUCUGAUUUUCAAAUUACAAAUUGCGAUGAACGUAAAUUGUACGAAAAAAAGAAGGAGAUAUUGGUUGAGGUUUUAAACAUGUUACCCCUUUUAAAACCUGGAAAUGAUGACGCCAAGUUAAUUUAUUUGGCUCUAAUUCCAUCGACCGUGCGAGACACCAUGCACCAGCGUGUGCCUACCGAAUUGGUUCAGCAAAUAUUCUCGUACAUGCUUAUACAUCCUGCUAUAAGCAACGACGAUCGAAGGUCGUUAAAUGUUUGGUUGCGACACUUGGAGGAUCAUCUUAUGGCUGCUGAUAAGUUGGUGGAACCAAAAAAAAGAAACACUAGUAGCAUAAAUCAAAGUUUGGGUGUCAGCUCGGAUGCGUCCGUCUCAUCUGUUUCGUCCCUUACUUCGUCAUCCAUAUCCAAUAAUUCCAUGUCAUCUUCUGGGAGUUUUGCUCCAGGACUUGGAAUAUCACCAUAUGCAAAGAGUCGAAAUGUUGAUUGGCAAACAAUUGCUCCUCCAAGCAAGAAUCACAAUAAUCUUCAACAAAACCCUAUUUCACAACCAAAUUCUCUGCCUGAUUGGACCAACUUCAUGCGGAAUGACAGCGGAUUUGCUAACAGUGGUAUGAAUAAUUUGAGUGAAAUAAGUUCGAGUAGUAGCGGCAGUAGUUGUACAAAUCGACGCAACAGUAGCAUUACUGAUCAACUCUGUGAUAAUUUUAAUGGUAUUAAUCUAAACGAAUUAGGAUCUAGUCAAAAUAAAUUGGGUUUGUCUUUGAGCAUUGCGACAAUAGGUGUUGAUACACAUGCGAAGGAAUCUUCAUUAGUGAAUGGUGUAGCUGCAGCAGUAGCCACCACAAAUACCAAUCCAAAUCCAGUAAUAUCUGGCCUCUUUAAUAACAAUAACAACCCAAUUAUAAAUAUAUUGGGUAGCAGUGGUCAUAAUGAGAGCAAAGUUUGCGAGAAUAAUAGUUAUAGUAAUUCCAACAACGACGAGCACGAUACAUCGUUUUCAAAAAAUGGCACAGAAAUCAUCGACUUUGAACCGCAUAUAUCUAUAAACGUUGAUGAUCAAUGUAUAAAUGACUCUUUAUCUUCCAUUAAGAAUGAUACAAAUCAGAAGUCGCUACAGCCACAAAUGGCCUACACUUCAAUGCCAAUGAGUAAUUAUGAGCAAACGGAUAUGACUCGCUGGAGUUUGGAUGGCAAAUUGACUGCUUUAAAGACACGCCGAUCUAAUAGUCUUACAACGCAAACGAUGUCCACAUCGUCGUCAUCUUCGAAUUCCUCCGUAAUUACGGUCAACGACAAUUGCUCAAAUUCAAAUGAAAACUUGGCGCAAUUUGCAAAUAAACCGCGGAGCUUCUCACUUUCCAUAGAACACCAGCGUGGGGGUUUAGCUAAUAGUGGUUCAGAUACGGGUCUGGAUGAUUUUAAACCAGGUUAUAUAAAAUUUCAAAGCCGAAAUGUGGGCAUGUCAAAUAUUGGAUUGUGGUUGAAAUCUUUGCGCUUACAUAAGUACAUAGAUCUAUUCAAAAAUAUGACAUAUGAAGAUAUGCUCUGUAUCACUGAAGAAUUUUUGCAAGGCUUGGGAGUAACCAAAGGUGCAUCGCACAAAUUAUCAAUAUGUAUAGAAAAACUGAAAGAACGCACUAAUCACCUGAGCAGAUUGGAGCAGGAUUUGGUAAAUGGUCAAAUAAAAAUACAAACUGUAGUGGAGGACUUAGCAAGCAUGGUACUUUCGCCAAUGAAACCUAUCGAAUCUGUUGAUGGCGGCUCAAAUGAAGACAAUGUUGCUCAUAGAUUUUUGAAAGUUUUGGAUAUAGGUAAGUUUGUUUAUUAUAUUCUGAAAUCGCUCCAAAACAACAUAUUUACAGUUGGCUCGAUGGUACAACGUGAUACUAACGCACCUCAAGAUGAAGAAAAUAUCAACGUUUUAAUGUGGGUACUUGAUCGUUCGAUACACAAUGAGGCUUUUGUGAACCAUUCAAAUCAACUGAAAGAACUGAAAUUUAAACUCUCAAAACAUAAAAUAGCUAUUGGCCACAAGGCACACCACGUCAAAAAUGGAAGCUCCGGAAAUUUAAAUAAAUCUAGAUGGAGUGGAAAAUCUCGAAAAUGUGAUAUAAAGAACGGAAGUAAUGACCGCAUUAACCACAGAAAAAAUUCAAAUGACAUGCCUAACUUCACCGCUAAUAGUAUAUCACAAAAUCAGCAGCACCAGCACCAGCACCAUCACCAUGGCAGCCAGACACAACCGGGUGACUACGGAAAUGUAGGCAUCAGCAACAGUGGAAAUAACGGUAGCGCACAGCAUCAAUAUAAAAGUUCGUCAUAUCCAAACUUCAUGAACAGUCAACAACAGCAGGUCAAGCAACCACAUCACAAUCACCAUUCACAAUUAUCACAACAACAGCAAGAUCAAAAUACUAUUUUGCCCCAACAUAGCCACUUUCCUACUUUGCCCCCACAGCAGCAACAACAACAACAACAGCAACAUCGAAGAUCUCUCAACAAUUUAAUAUUAGUGUCAGGUGGACCUCAACAACCCCAAAAAAUGGUUUUUAAACCCGGUCAAGGAAUUUUACCCGCAGGGCCACCAUCAAGCGAUGGUCACUUGCGUCGAACUAGUAUCACUGCAGCCAUUAGCAACCAGAACAAUAUUAAUGCCAAUUUAACUUCAACAUUUAAGACGAGUCUAGCGAAUGUAACCGGGAAGGCCGAUCCUUCACAGCAACCACAGAGCUUAUCGCAAUCGCAACAUCAACAGCAGACCCAGCAAUCACAAAAGACAAUGGCGGCAGUGGUAAUGGAAAAUUUUUCAAAGUUCGAGGAACAUUUCACAUUAUUCUAGAAUGCGCAUUGUGAAGUCAAGAAAAAAAUCAAAUGGAACCUCUGGAAAGCGAAAAAAGUCACAAUUCGGUGAAUUUUAUGAUUAUGAUGGUCCACCAUGUUUUCGUUGUGAUCGUUGAAAUAAUGUAAAUGUUUCAAUUACAAUUUACCAAAUUAACCAAAAUAGAGCUAAUUAGGAAAAAAUGCAUCGCGACAAUGAGACUGACUAAAAUUACUUUCUGGUACUAAGAUAUAAACGAUUAAACGCUUAUAAACACUAUAGACGCUCAAUUGUUGACAUUUAUUCAAAUUGAAUACACAGGAGUUUCAUCAACUUCAGGCAAGUCUCUCGUACGGAAUGUAAUUGCUGAAUUUAAUUUUAAUUAAAAGAGAAAAGGUAAAUAUUAAAAUAUUAGACAACUUUAGAUGACACGAUGCACUUUGAAUAUUUUGUCUUAUUAAUAAACACUGUGCAAAGCUGAACUUUGAUUUUAACACUAGGUAUGUGUGCAUAUAUUCGCUAUACGACAGUAGUAUGUAAGAUAUCAAAUAGAUUUAAAAAAAAGCUAUUGUUAAGCUGAAAUUAUAUAGUCCUACGGCAAUAUUUGUAAACUUCUUGUCCAGCAUAUCGACAUAAUGAAGUAACUUAAGAGUUGUCCUUAUAUAUAUAUUAUUAUAUAUACUGUUAUAAGCCUUAUGAUCCAAUGAAUGGUGAGCUAAACCUCACGCUAAUGAAUGCUGCCCAAGUUAGGCCAAAUUUAUAUAUAUAGAGACACACCGCUCUUAAGGCCCGGGCCGCUGUUUAUAAUUUAAUUUGUAAAAUCAAUUUAUUUAGCAAUUUUAUUUGUUUAUAUUGUAUUGUAAUUGUAUUUAUAUUUGUAACUGUAUAUACGUACAUAUAUAUGUUUGCCUUUUAAAUGUAUGUGACACUAGAAAAAUCAUGAGCAUGGGGAAGAUCACUGAACAACAAGUGUACAUAAAUACACUCGUCUGGCUACAGACGCAAAUGUUUACGCCAACCAGCACAUAAUAAAUUUAUUGGUAGGAACUGAAAUCACUCUGCAUAAGAACCAAUUGACUUGAGUUUUUUUUUGUUUUGGAAGAAACUUGGGCACAAAGUUGUGAGCCACUGAGUACGCACUAUAGUAAAAUUUUAUAAUUAUUUGUUCCGUUAGCACCAAUUUAUUCAAUCCCUAACUGCCGAUACCUUGAUAAACUUCUUAUUGAGUGCAUGUCAUAGAUUUUUAUAAAACAUUAAAAAAUUAUAUGUUUUGAAUUUGCACCUGUCAUUCGAAGGCAAAAGCCAAUGGUAAAGUUAUGCAGAGCAAGGGACGAUUACACAUGCUAAAGCUUCUAGUUAAUUAAGAACUAUAUUGAGAAUUUGUGUUGAGAAAACUAAUAAAGCAAAGAAAAAUCAAAACAAAAAAUCAGUCAGGUAUAUCAUGUUAGUUAAUUUGUUAAUGAUUUAUUUAUUUAUAAAGCUGUAUGUUAGAUGAAUAAGAAAAAUUAAAAAAACUAACGACAUACGAAUCUUGUAUCUUUGUGUAGUACAAUAACAAAUUUAAACAGAUUUAAUAUCUAAUAUCCACAUAAAUAAAGUAUAUUUGGAUAA